UAUUUCCUCGGAGCCUUGUGAUACAACAUAAACAUUUGUCGUUAAGGCUGCAUGCUGUCCGCCUACUAAUAUACCAAAAGGAUACAACUUUGUUUUAUUAAACUACACCACACAAAAAAUACUAAAUAGUCAGCAAUACUCAAGAAUGGCGGCUGCUUUACACUUGAAAGAAGUGAUAAAAAUGUGUCCAUCAUUUCUGCUGAACAGAAGUGGCAAUUCCCUGUCGUCAUUUAAUGGAUUAUUUUCUAACCAGUUUCAACAAAAUGUUCAUGUCUCGCUAACAAGAGCUAAACAUGAAGACACUUCCAGUCAGUCUAAGUCAGCACUACAACGCUAUAAGGUUAGAAACAGAUUGCCGAUGAUAAAAGAAAAACAUCUGUUGACUGGACCUCACACUGAGAAAAAUUGUGCUAGUCUGGGGUGUUCCAACAAAGAUUCAUGCAAGGAGUGUAAGCCUGAGACAUCUGAAGAUUUUUGCGGAAAGUUUGAGCGUCCUAAGGUGAAACUGGACAGUACUAAAGAAAUAGCUGACAAGCUUUCUUCCUAUAUGGUAAAAGAUGGCUUUAUGAGAAACAUGGAAAAUUUAGAUUUAUUUUCUGAGACGCAGCUAGUUCAAAUAUUUGAUUGUAGCCAUGAUGAUGUUGAAUCUAUUAUAGCAAGAUACCCUUUUUUAAAGACCACAUCUACACCAGUCAUUGAAGAAAAAGUAGAUCUACUAAUGUCCUAUGAUUUUCCUUUGUCUAUGAUCAGAAACAACCCAAGGCCAUUAGUUUCUACAUAUGAGGAACUUAACAGAAGGUUGCAGUUGUUUGAAGCCAAAUCCUUAUUGACUGACAAUCUUGUCAAACCUAUGGAAGAUCUUUAUAGUUACUUAGCGUAUGAUGAAAACAGGUUUAAUGGAGUUUAUGAGAAUUUAUGUGACAAAGUUGAUCAAUUAGAAAAAUGUACCACCAGUAAUUACAAACAUCUAUCUGAUGUUUUCAAAUGCAGUCAGGAUGACAUUAAAUCUAUUAUAGCAAAACACCCUCCCUUAAAGACUAUGUCAGUCUCAUUACUACAGGAAAAGGUAGAUCUGUGGCUCUCCUACAAUUUGCCUUUGUCUUUGGUCAGAAAUAACCCAAGACCACUUUGUCAGAUUCCAAUGCAGGAACUUAGCAGGAUACUGCAGUUGAUGGAAGACAAAUCCUUAUUAAUGACUGAAAAUUCAGUUGAAUCUCAAGAAGAUUUUUAUAAUAAUUUGGAAAAUGAUAACAAGAGAUUUGAUACAUACACAAAGAAUGUACAUGAUGAUCCUUAUGGUCUAGGAACAGACAACAGUAAAUCUGAACAACUGGCUCAAAUAUUUGAUUGUAGCCAUGAUGAUGUUGAAUCUAUUAUAGCAAGACACCCAUUUUUAAAGACCACAUCUACUCCAGUCAUUGAAGAAAAAGUAUAUCUACUAAUGUCCUAUGAUUUUCCUUUGUCUAUGAUCAGAAACAACCCAAGGCCAUUAGUUUCUACAUAUGAGGAACUUAAUAGAAGGUUGCAGUUGUUUGAAGCCAAAUCCUUGUUGGGUGACAAUCUUGCCAAAUCUAUAGAAGAUCUUUAUAGUUACUUAGCGUAUGAUGAAAAGAAGUUUGAUACAGUUUAUGAGGAUUUGUGUGUCGAACUUGACUCUUUAGAAAGUUGUACCACCAAUAGUUCUCAAAAUCUAGCUGAAGUUUUUGAAUGCAGUCAAAAGGAUGUUGAAUCUAUUAUAGCAAGACACCCAUUUUUAAAGACCACAUCUACCCCAGUCAUUGAAGAAAAAGUAGAUCUACUGAUGUCAUAUGAUUUUCCUUUGUCUAUGAUCAGAAACAACCCAAGGCCAUUAGUUUCUACAUAUGAGGAACUUAACAGAAGGUUGCAGUUGUUUGAAGCCAAAUCCUUGUUGAGUGACAAUCUUGCCAAAUCUAUGGAAGAUCUUUAUAGUUACUUAGCGUAUGAUGAAAAGAAGUUUGAUACCGUUUAUGAGGAUUUGUGUGUCGAACUUGAUGAAUUAGAAAGUUGUACUACCAAUAGUUCUAAAAAUCUAGCUGAAGUUUUCGAAUGCAGUCAAAAGGAUGUUGAAUCUAUUAUAGCAAGACACCCAUUUUUAAAGACCACAUCUACACCAAUCAUUGAAGAAAAAAUAUAUCUACUGGUGUCCUAUGAUUUUCCUUUGUCUAUGAUCAGAAACAACCCAAGGCCAUUAGUUUUUACAUAUGAGGAACUUAACAGAAGGUUGCAAUUGCUUGAAGCCAAAUCCUUGUUGAGUGAUAAUCUUGUCAAGUCUAUGGAAGAUCUUUAUUGUUACUUAGCGCAUGAUGAAAAGAAGUUUGAUACAGUUUAUGAGGAUUUGUGUGUCCAACUUGAUGCAUUAGAAAGUUGUACUACCACUAGUUCUAAAAAUCUAGCUAAACUUUUUGAAUGCAGUCAAAAGGAUGUUGAAUCUAUUUUAGAAAAGCACCCUCCUUUAAAGACUUUGCCUCUACCGUCAAUUGAGCAAAAAGUUAAGUUGCUAUUAUCCUACAAGUUUCCUAUGGCUCUGAUUAGAAAAAAUCCCAGACCACUGUACAAGUAUUCAGACUCUGAACUUACCAGAAGAUUGGAGCUGUUGAAAGAAAAGUCUUAGACUGAUGAUCUUAGAUGUAAAGAAAAUGAGUAAUUGUUAUUUGUGUUAAACUGUAUCAAGUUGAAACUGAGUCUGUUUACUUGAAGUUAAAUUUUAUGGCCCUACAUCAGUUAAAUUUUUUAAUAAUUUAAAAAAAAAGCCUAGAUAUUUAAAUUUCUUAAAUUGAGUAUAUUGUACUCUUUAAGCAUAAGAAU